AUGUAUAUGUAUGACCCUCUGUUUGUCCUCUCUUGUUUUAUAGAUACGGAGCAAGGUGCCCACGAACGCCGGCUCCUCGGCGAUCUUCUGGCCAACUACAACACGCUCGAGCGCCCGGUCUUCAACGAGUCCGAGCCGCUCAUCCUCAGCUUCGGUCUCACCUUGCAGCAGAUUAUCGACGUAGACGAAAAAAAUCAGAUAAUAACAACAAACGUUUGGUUAAACCUGGAUGAAAAGAAUCAACUAAUAAUUACAAAUAUCUGGUUAACCUUGGAUUGGAUUGACGUGAACCUCCGCUGGGAUCCAAAGCUCUACGGCGGAGUGCAGGAAGUGCGGAUCCCGCCGAGCAAAAUUUGGAAACCCGACGUGCUGAUGUACAACAGCGCGGACGAAAAAUUCGACGGGACGUAUCCUACAAACGUUGUUGUCCGCCACAACGGCAGCUGUAACUACAUCCCACCGGGUAUAUUUAAAAGCACGUGCAAGAUCGACAUCACUUGGUUCCCCUUUGACGACCAGAAGUGCGACCUCAAAUUCGGUUCGUGGACAUACAACGGCUACCAGUUGGACCUGCGAGUCAAAAGCGACGAGGGAGGAGACCUAUCCUCCUACAUCUCCAACGGCGAAUGGGACCUCAUCGCCGUGCCGGGUAUCCGUAACGAGAAAGAGUAUGCCUGCUGUCCGGAGCCGUACAUCGACAUCACGUACACGAUACACAUCCGGAGGCGGACUCUGUACUACGGCUUCAAUCUCAUCAUCCCCUGCGUGCUCAUCUCCUCCAUGACCCUCCUCGGGUUCACCCUGCCUCCCGACACUGGAGAGAGGCUCACCCUGGGUGUAACCAUUCUGCUGUCCUUGACGGUGUUCAUGCUGCAGCUUGCCGAGACCAUGCCUCCCACAUCGGACGCCGUGUCCAUUAUAGGAACUUAUUUCGCCUGCAUCAUGAUCAUGGUAGCGUUCUCUGUGGUCAUGACAGUGGUGGUGCUCAACUACCAUCAUCGAAAUCAAGAAACAACCGAAAUGCCUGCUGUGAUCAAGACAGUUUUCCUGGUUUGGCUUCCUUGGCUGCUACGUAUGGAGCCUCCCGGCCAGAAGCCAGGCCGUCGAAGCCUUUUCCUGAACAGCAAGAUGAAGGAGUUCGAGCUCAAGGAGAGGUCCUCGCGGAGCCUGCUGGCCAACGUGCUGGACAUCGACGACGACUUCCGCACGGCCAACAGCUCAUCGGCGGCCAUGUUGGGCGGCCACACCGACUGCCGCUCGGCGGCCGGCGCCCGCUCCUACCUCGGUCAGGACAUGGGGCCAGCCGGAGGAGCGUCCACAGUUCACGCCUGCGUCCACUCGUCCAGGGAGCUAAACUCGAUCCUGCGAGAACUGCGGUUCAUCACGAGCCGCAUGCGCAAAGACGAGGAAGAGAAGGAGAUCGUCGGCGAGUGGAAGUUCGCUGCUAUGGUCGUCGAUCGCGUGUGCCUCAUCGUGUUCUCGGGCUUCACCAUCAUCUCCACGUGCGCGUGCCUUUUCUCGGCACCGCACUUGGUCGCGUAGCUACCGCGGGAGCUGAAGGCGGCUCGUCGCAGCGUGUUCCUUCGCGGCCCGCGUCGCAGCGUCACCUUCCCUCCCCGCCCCUCUUUCUCUCUUCCAGACGUCGCUAGGGUUCAACGGUCUUCUGACAACAGCGGUCAGGACGGCAGCGCCGCAGCGUCGGUAACGGGCUCUCGGAGAAAGCGCCUGCUGCGUCCAACUCCUGCACUGCCAUUCAGGCCCCGUGUCCAGUUCGUCGCAGGGAACUACGCGUAUUUUGAUCCUUUUCGUGCUAUAAAAUUUUUCAAUAAACGGGGGAAGGGGAAAUGUCCCCCAAAAGAAAAAAAAGCGGUGAAGAACGCAAGAA